GCCUGGAGGAGAGCAUGGAAGAACAGGAUGAGAAGCCCCCAGAACCCCUGAAGGUCUGCGCACAGGAGUCUCUUCUUCCUCAGGAAGUAAUCAUCAAGGUCGAGAGAGAAGAUGCUGGGUCCUUGGCUCCCCCAGCCCAGGAAGGAGUGAACUUAAAAAUUGUGACUGUGGACUUCACUCAAGAGGAAGAGUGCAUUUUGAACUCUGCUCAGAGGACUGUGGACAGAGAUGUGAUCCUGGAUAACGACAGGGACCUGGUCUCUUGGGACUUGGCAACUGUGCUUGGAAAAAGAGACUACACAUCAAAGCAGAGCAUUUUUGAUAACAAACCAUCCCAUGAAGUGAAGAUGGAAAAGUUAACAAGAGAUGAUCCAUGGUUGUCUUCAUGUGAAGAAAUUUGGGAUUGUAAGGACCAUUUGGGGAAGCAACAGGAAAAACAAGAGAGGCUUUUGAAGGAAGUGGCAUUCACUCAAAGGAAAGCUAUUACUCAUGAAAUAGUCUGUAAGAGCGAUGAAAAUGAGGAGAAAAGUGGUCUGAAUUCUAGUCUUUCAAGCCAGAUGUUACCCAUAAAAAACCAUUUUCGUAAACAUGCCUCACAUUUUAAGAAAUUACACCUUAAUUCUGUUGUAAGCAGUCAUCAGAUGAUUAAUGAUAGUGAAAAACUCUAUGAAAACAAUGAGCGUGGAAACCACUCCCACAGCAUUCACCUUAUUCAGUUUACAAGAACUCAAACAGAAGAUAAAUCCUAUGAGUUUAGUGAUAGUAUUCAGUCUUUUAGUGAUAGUGUGCACUUAAGUAUGCAUGAGAAAAUACAUGCAAGAGGAAAGUCCUUUGAUUUUAAGGAAUGUGGACAAGUUUUGCACCAUGGCCUAUGCCAUAAUGAACAAGAGAAAAUUCCUAUUGAAGAGAAUCAAUAUAAAUGUAAAGCGUCUCAGAGUUCAUCCCUUACUCAAAAUAUAAGAAAUCAUUCUGAAGAGAAGCCCUUUGAAUGUAAUCAGUGUGGGAAAUGCUUCAGCUGGAGCUCUCAUCUUGUUGCACAUCAGAGAACUCACACAGGGGAGAAACCUUAUGAAUGUAAUGAGUGUGGGAAGUCUUUCAGCCGGAGUUCUCACCUCGUUUCCCAUCAGAGAACUCAUACUGGGGAGAAACCAUACAGAUGUAAUCAGUGUGGGAAAUCCUUUAGCCAGAGUUAUGUCCUUGUUGUGCAUCAAAGAACUCAUACUGGAGAGAAACCUUAUGAAUGCAGUCAAUGUGGAAAGUCAUUCAGGCAGAGCUAUAAACUUAUUGCACAUCAAAGAACACAUACUGGAGAAAAGCCCUAUGAAUGCAAUCAGUGUGGAAAAUCAUUUAUCCAGAGCUAUAAACUUAUUGCACAUCAACGAAUACAUACUGGAGAAAAACCCUAUGAGUGCAAUCAAUGUGGAAAGUCCUUUAGUCAGAGUUAUAAACUUGUUGCCCAUCAAAGAACUCACACAGGAGAAAAACCCUUUGAAUGUAACCAGUGUGGAAAAUCUUUUAGCUGGAGCUCUCAGCUUGUUGCACAUCAAAGAACUCAUACUGGGGAGAAACCUUAUGAAUGUAAUGAGUGUGGGAAAUCUUUCAACCGCAGUUCUCACCUUGUUAUGCAUCAGAGGACCCAUACUGGAGAAAAACCCUACGAAUGUAAUCAAUGCGGGAAAUCCUUUAGCCAGAGUUAUGUUCUUGUUGUACAUCAGAGAACUCAUACUGGAGAAAAGCCCUAUGAAUGCAGUCAGUGUGGAAAAUCCUUCAGGCAGAGCUCAUGCCUUACUCAACAUCAGAGGACUCAUACUGGAGAGAAACCGUAUGAAUGUAAUCAGUGUGGAAAAACAUUCAGUUUGAGUGCUCGACUUAUUGUACAUCAAAGAACUCAUACUGGAGAGAAACCCUUCACAUGUAACCAGUGUGGGAAAGCUUUCAUUAACAGCUCUAAACUUAUUAGGCAUCAGGCAACACAUACUGAGGAGAAACCCUAUGACUGUAACUAGUUUGGAAAUCUUCACCCAGAGUAUAUUCCACUUUCUUUUGUAAGGGAGUAUAUCUGUUAGAAAGAAUUAGCAUAAAAAUUAUGUGGAAAGCUCUCAGUCCUCUGUUGUUUUGUGU